AUGGUUGAAUUCUAUGGUGACGUUGUGUCUUAUGACAUCCAUACAUAUUGGAAUAAUAAUAAUGAAAACGAAAGAAAAUUUGCUUACGAAUUAAGAGAAAAAGUUCAAAAAGAAUUUGCUAAUGAGAUUGAACAAGGUGACAUACGAGUAUAUAAGUUUUGGGAUAAACCUAUAGGUCCACAUCCCAUCAAUAUGUUUGAAAUUGAUUUCAAAAAACCCGAAUUGUUUCCUAAAUUAGUAUCAUUCUAUCAAUUGAAUCAUGGUAAAUUAUCAGUAUUGAUUCAUCCUAGAAGUGGUAAUGAUUUAUUAGAUCAUACUAAACAUGCUUUAUGGUUAGGUCACAAACAACGUUUGGAUACCUCUUUAUUGAGUGAACACUAA